AUGGACAAUCGAGAUUACUCAGCUGGAGAUAUGUCACCGGUUUCACCUUUUUCGAAAUUUUGCUUAACUUCUUUACCAUCAAUAGGAGAUUUCAGCAUACGGGCGAUAGAAGCUAUGGACAUUGAAAAUGACGAAGAAAUUAAACCUGAACAGCAAGAAACUCCUCCUAUCCCUUGCGGCUGCCAAAGAACACACUGUUUAAAGCUUUAUUGUGAGUGCUUUGCCAAUAAUAGAUACUGCAUAGGCUGCAAUUGCCAUAACUGCCACAAUUUGCCGGGUUUUGAGGUCCAUAGAGAAGAAGCAAUUAAACAAAUUAUUGAAAGAAAUCCUGGAGCUUUUAGAGAGGAUUUUAGUACUAUUCAAAAAUCUUGUCAUUGUAAGAGGUCGAAUUGUGCUAAAAAGUAUUGUGAAUGCUAUGAAGCUGGAAAACCUUGUUCGGCAUUAUGCAAAUGUGAAGGAUGCAAAAAUAUAGGCAAUCAGUAA